UUGAUAGUAUUUGCUUUUAUUGACUGUCUUUUUGUAUGUACCCGACGGAUGCUUUUAUUUGAAACUAGUUCUGAGACGCUAUUACCGUAAUGGCUAGUAUAUACAGGUACGGCAAGAAACUGAGUCGGCUGGCUUGACCGCCGAUCUUGAUGAGUCGGCUGGCUUGACCGCAGUCCCAUAACGUUGACUUGGUAGAGGUACAUGUACUUUUUAAAUAACCUUAACCACCUUGCUACAUUUUCAAACGGUUUGUUUUGUUAUAAACGUCAGAUAUGUAGUUACGGCACUGCAUACUUGAUACUGAUGAAUAAUUAUGUUAGAUUCUAAAAAAAAUUAAAUGUUCUAAAAUUGGUACAAUAUUAUAACCACGUUAAUAAGGUUUGUAAGAAACCCAACCGUUGGUAAAACGGUUGAAAAUGUAGCAAGUUAUGGUUAUUUCUAAAGUACAUGUACCACUACCAACACAAUGUUAUGGGUGAGCAGCUGACUGGCAAGAUGUCCGCAAGUGCGGACAUUCUAGACGCCGCCAGCUAGUGUUCUAUAUAUCUACACACGUAGGUGAAGGGUUUUAUUUUGAAAACGUUGCGAGAUACCACCCAAAGGCUGUUUAGAGUAAAGGCGCACGAAGAUUUUGUGUGACGGCUGGCUUAACCGCGGAUGAACGAAUGGUGGCUCACUUGACCGCAGUCAGGUGUGCGCCCCAUGGGUGUGCCUCUUGUUAACCAGCGAUGUUAUAAUCUCUGUGUUCUGGCGCCAUCUGGCGUUCGUCGCAACAACAACAACAACAACAACAACAACAGCGCCUCCCACCCCGGUGACGGUAGAGGGGGCUGCACAGAAAACAUGGAGGUAUUCUGACUACGCCUGCUGGUCAUCCAGGGCUGGGAUCCCGUGAUAUUACCCUGAUUCAGCCUAUCGCCGUCCUGGAUUUAGCACAGCGUUAGCCCGGACUAAGUUAUCCCGGAAUAACAGCACGCAUGUGCCGCUAACCCGGAUGCAGUUACAGCCCACGGCGCUGUGCACCCGAGUUAUCGCAUUGUGAGACAUUCAUAUUUGAGAUUAUGAGCCGCAUAUCGCUUUUUAAGGGGUUCCCCCAUGCAGGCUGCACAAAUGUGACGCUUAAGUUUGCAAUUCUGUCUAAAAACUUUUAUGAAAUCCCUCGGAGGAUCCCAGACCCGACCUGUGUUUACUGAUCGGACCUCUUCAUGUGCAGCAGUGUCUGGGUGAGAUCCAGCACCCACUGAGAGAGGAUGGACUUCCGCAACAGGAGGCACGAGCGGGGCAGCAACUGGACGGACCCGGAGAUCGUGGAGCUGCUGCAGCUGUGGUCGGACGAGGCGGUGCAGGUGGAGCUGGAGAGCUCCCUGCGGAACCAGCGUGUCUUCGACCGCAUCGCCAACGUGCUGCUGGAGAAGGGCAUCUACCGCUCGGGCGACCAGUGCCGCGAGAAGAUCAAGAAGAUGAAGCUGGAGUACCGCCGCAUCAAGGACAACCUGAAGAUGAGGUCCUGGAGGUUCUACGACGUCAUGGACCGGGUGUUGGCCAACCGGCCGUCGGUGACCUACUCGUCCCUGGGGGGGUCCGUGGUGGCCCAGCAGGUGUUUCAGAUCCCCCCCGGGGCUGAGUCAUACCUGCACGCGGCCCAGGAGGCGAGCUCCUUCGCGCCUGUGACCUCGGGGGGCUUCCUGUUCGGGCAGCCCACCGGGUCGGGCGACCUGCUGGACGUUAAAUGCGAGGACGUGGAGGACGGGGGAGGGCUGGACUCGGGUGGGGCUCCGUCCGUACCGGCGUACGAGAUAUCUGGGGACGAGCCGGAGACGGAGCACUCCGGACUGGACCCCGAACGAGGGCAGGAAGCAGAGGGAGGGUUGGAGCUGGGCCACGGAGACGUCUCGGCCACCGCGGCCGUCUCCCCCUCAGGGUUCAGUGACCUCCGCAUGGCCGGCUCCCCGCCCAGCGCCAAGCCCAGCGCCGGGGGCUCCGUCGCGGAGGUUUCCGGCCCGGCCCGGCCCGCCCCCGGGAGGCAGAGGAAGCGACGCCGGGCGGGUAAAGGCUCCUCCUCCUCCUCGUUCUGUGGGCGUGGCGGGGUGGCGGCGGCGGCGGCGGCGGACCAGGCCAUGGCGGCGUCCACGGGCCUCGACCGCGCCCUGGCCAGCUUCCUCAACUGGCAGCGGGCCGCGGAGGAGCGCCUCCUGUCCCUGGAGGAGGCGCGCCUGGACCGCGAGGAGCAGGCGGAGGAGCGGCGGGAGCGUCAGGAGGAACGGAGGGGCGAGCUGGAGCGGCAGCACGAGCUCCGCCUGCUGGGCGUGUUCGCCGGCGCCCUGGCCGCCGUUAAAGAUGGGGGCGUGACCCCCGCCUCCACCCCAACGGCUCCGCCCCAACCCGGCCCCCCCACGCCCGCUCAAACCGCCCCCACAGCUGCACACAAGGAGAGCACAGCCGUCACCUCCGCCCUCGCUCAGAGCCCCUCCCUGACCACGAGCGCCACGCCCCCAACCUCUUCUUCCUCUGUCGCCUCGGCCUCAUCAUCAUCAUCGUCGGUGUCCAAGGCUUCUUCUGAGACUCCUCCCACUGGCUCACAACCCCCUACAGAGAGCCCCCUCUCCGGGGCCGCCCUGCCAGGCCCAGGGGCCCCCGAGGGGCCACAGGAGGGUCCCCCCGGCCUGGAGGCCCCGGGCCCCAGCCCCUACCUGUCCAAGCGGGGGAACAGCGUCCGAGGACACCAGGGGAUUCUGCAGGAGGGCUUCGCCCGCUACAACGCAGACAGGCACCACCAGCAGCACAACCCCGAUGGUUUCAUCAAUCUGGGAACCAGCGAAAACAAAUUAUGCUUUGAUCUUCUCCACAGUCGGUUGACUCAGCCGGACAUGUUGCACAUUGACCCGUCUCUUCUGCAGUACCCUGACUGGAAGGGCCACGGCUUUCUUAGGAGGGCGGUGGCAGACUUCCUGUCCCACUACUGCGGUUCCAGGUGCCCUCUCGACCCAGAUCAUGUGAUAGUGAUGAACGGCUGUGGGUCGCUCUUCUCAGCCAUUGCGGCGGUAAUAUGUGACCCUGAAGAGGCCAUACUCAUCCCCACUCCAUUCUACGGGGUGAUCACUGAGGACGUGGGCUUGUACAGCGGGGUGAAACUCUUCCACGUUCCCCUUGACUGUGAGGCCAGUGGAGACGGCACACGUCCAUUCCACCUCACCGUGGAGAAACUGGAGGACGGUCUACAAAGAGCAAAGGAACAAGGUGUGAUGGUCCGAGGGGUCAUCCUGGUGAACCCCCACAACCCUUUGGCAGACAUCUACACCCCCCAGGAGAUGGCUGGCUUCCUGGAGUUUGCCAAAAGAUAUGAGCUGCAUGCUAUCGUGGACGAGGUGUACAUGCUGACCAUCUUCCAGGAGAAGGUCUCUUUCCAGAGUGUUCUGGGAAUGGACAGUUUGCCCGAUCCGCAAAGAACACACGUGCUAUGGGGCUUCAGCAAGGACUUUGCCAUGGCGGGGAUCAGAGUGGGCACCCUGUACACGGAGAACACAGACCUGAUGGAGGCCCUGAGCCAGCUGGCCAACCUCCACGGGGUCCCCGGCUCCACCCAGCACCAGAUGGCUCAGCUGCUCCAGGACCGAGACUGGAUCAGUGAGGUGUUCCUGCCGGAGAACCAGCGCCGGCUGAAGACGAGCCAUGGCUACGUUGCGGCGGAGCUGUCCCGACUGGGCGUGCCCUACCUCCACCGGCCCGCCUGCUUCUACCUCUGGGCCGACCUCCGCAAGUACUUGGGGGAGGCCUCCUUCUCUGCGGAGCUAUCCCUGUGGAGGGUGUUCCUGAGGCACAAGGUGGUGCUGAGCUGCGGUCAGGCCUUCUCCUGCUCCACCCCCGGCUGGUUCCGCAUCGUUUUCGCUGACGAACAGCACCCCCUGGAGCUCGGCAUGAGGAGGAUCGGCGAGGCGCUGAGAAAAGUGAAGGAACAACGCGGCGAUAGCGACUUGAGCCUCAUCAAAGAGGCCAUUGACGUGACGAGGAGGUCGACGAAGACGGACGGCGUGUGCCCGGACACAACUGCCAUUGUCUGCGCUCGCACGGCGCCAUCGCCGGACAAACCGUCAGACCGGGCAAACGACGACAACAACGGCCCCGCCCCUGCUGGCACACCAUUGGACGCUGAGGAGUUUGUGGUGGUGGACUGCCAGUCGUCCAAGCCAACCGAAAGUCUGGACUCGCUGAUGGGCGUUCUGAGGCAGCAGAUCCGCUCCUCUGAUUGGCUGGAGAAGAAUACUCCAGAGCUGUGUGACGGGGAGGACCCAGGGGUGUUGGAAGUGUUCACGGAUCUGUUACGGAGGGUGAAGAAGUAGGGUGGGGACGGGGCCCGGCGGGAUGGACACCUGGCCUGCCCGCCUUUGUUUCUGAUUCAUGAUUCAAAACACGAGGGCCAAGUACAAAUCUCUCUGAGAAGAUGAUGAGAAAAAUGGUGAUUACUUUUUUUUAACUAUAUUUUAGAUGCCUUAUUUACUUAAAAAAUGAAAAUGCCAAAUGUGAAUUGACCAAACUUAGUUGUAUCUUGUACUCAUGAUUCCAUGAGUGUCGCUUUGUUAUGUUAUCUCGUGUGCACUUUAAUUACUAUCGAAGCUGUCGUCCUGCAAUAAAACCAGAUAUUUACAGCCACAGAGCGGCUUUUCUUUUGUUUCCCCGCGGCCGUUCUCGCUGAAGAUCAGUGGUUUCGGAGAUCACCGGCCCAAUCGUAACCGACAAUUCCACAUCCUGUUGAAUUUCUACUCUUGCUUCCUGCUAAACGUCCAGAUGUUUCCCUCUAUCUCCUUUAUCACGCUACUGCCAAGGCUUGAAGCUCAAGGGAUCAAGCCUUAGCUCGAGAAUUAGGAAAGUAUUGAGGGGACCCCAGAUAUUUGCAACAGCGAUAAGGUAGUAUUUUACGUUAGCAUUUAGGGCAUUUAGCAGACGCUUUUGUCCAAAGUGACUUAGAAUAAGUACAUUUGUCGGAAAAAGAGAAACAAUAUAUCGCUGUAGGUACAGUAAGUGUCAAACACUAACAAUCGUUAGGUAACCCAUUCCCUGUAUACAACAAAGAUAGCUAGGAUAAGAUGCUACACAAUGCCAAGUAACAUUUUUAAGUGCCAGGACGUACAACAUACAAUAAAGUAAUAUACCUAACAAGGUGACCACCACUCAGUGUCUGUAGACCAUUGUGAACUUCACUGAAGUGUUCUGAUCUCUUUUUGAACUUCUGCGAACGAUAAAAGCAGGACGGAGCUAGCAUUGAACCCUUAUACAAUAGUGACCCUUGGGGAGGUGUCCGUUAAGGAGGAUCCGCUUGUCAGAUUGGCGUAACACUGAUGAGUUCAUGAGUUCCACCCUCCUGCUUCCUGCUUUGUAUCUUCAGACUGGUUGGUUAUCAGGGGCAGAAGGUCCUCCAGGAUUUUGAAACCUCACCAUUUGGAUUCUGCUGAUUAGGUGUCGCUGCACAUGAUGUGUUUGUAUGUAGCUUGGCUGAUUUCAGAUGAUCAUCAAGACCUUUUGCCAGAGCACCUCAUAUGCAAACAGUUUGGAACUGAGCAAAGAGUGCCAACACCCUUUUUAUGCAUAGUGAUUACUGCAGGUAGGCCAUGGCCAGUGGAAAACACUGGAAAGGCAUGGGCUUCAACGCUGCAUAUGCUCCGAGUGUGUUUAUCUAGCAAACACAAAUUAAUUCAAAACAUCAAGGGUUAACACAGUGGAAGGCCACAAGCGACAUUCUUUUUUAAACAAGAAGCGAUAAUACUAUGUUGGCUGAGCAAGUCACAGAGUUUUUAUAUGUGUCCCAAAGGUGGAUCAACACUGUCCUAUACAUUUCCUCAGACACAGAUGGGGGGGAAAUGCUGUUCAAUAAUUUCUGCUGUAUAGCACGCCAUGACAGCCCCCUAUGGUUGGGGGAUCAUUGAUUCCACCGUGGUUCAGAAACCCUGUCUGAAUCGACCAAGUCUACGAGUCUACAUAC